AUGGACAGCCAAUGGGCGAGUCAUGCCAUCCGGGCCAUGGCGGUCGUUUCCUUUGCCUCAAGUGCAACGGAUCACAAUCAAUUGCAGCACCAGAGUCACCUACAAUCAAUCCCUUUCAAUCGACCACAAUCCCCUGCAUUCAGCCACAAUCAACUGUCACUUCCACUCAACCACAGCCAAACUUUAUCUAUUUACCUAUCUCUUAAUCUAUCUAUCUAUAUACAUAUGUGUAACCUGAAGAACCAAAUAAUGACGACGAAUCUUUGGGUUGAACAGUAUUGGUACGACUACAAACUCAACUGGGACCCGAAGGAGUACGGCGGAGUGGGAGAUGCUGCCGUGCCGACAUUCUGGAGACCGGACAUCGUGCUCUACAACAACGCUGACGGCAACUUCGUGACGCUCUCCACCAAGGCCACGCUCAGCCACAACGGCCUGGUGGAGUGGAAGCCGCCCGCCAUCUACAAGUCCUCGUGCGAGAUCGACGUCGAGUACUUUCCCUUCGACGAGCAGACGUGUGUCAUGAAGUUCGGCUCUUGGACCUACGACGGGUUUCAGGUGGACCUCCGGCACGUGGACGAGAUUCAGGGGACUAACGUGGUGACUCUGGGCGUGGACCUCUCCGAGUUCUACAUGUCGGUGGAGUGGGACAUCCUGGAGGUUCCUGCGGUGAGGCACGAGAAGUUCUACACCUGCUGCGACGAGCCCUACCUGGACAUCACCUUCAACAUCACGAUGAGGAGGAAAACCCUCUUCUACACCGUCAACCUCAUCAUCCCGUGCAUGGGCAUCUCCUUCCUCACUGUGCUGACCUUCUUGCCCUCCGACUCUGGGGAGAAGGUGACCCUCAGCAUCUCCAUCCUCAUCUCCCUCCACGUGUUCUUCCUGCUGGUGGUGGAGAUCAUUCCUCCGACGUCGCUGGUGGUGCCGCUGCUGGGGAAGUACCUCAUCUUCGCCCUCCCCCUCUCUCCCCGCAGUAUAUGCGUGACGGUGCUGGUCCUCAACGUCCACUUCCGGUCGCCGCAGACGCACAAGAUGGCGCCGUGGGUCCGCAGGGUCUUCAUCCACAUCCUGCCCAGACUACUCAUCAUGAAGCGACCGCAGUACCAGCAGAACAAGCACAGCAAAGACUUCCUAAAUGACUUAGAUUCAGUGUCUCUUAAAUGGAAGCUUUCGUAG